AUGCAAAUUCGUCGGGAAUUGGAAAUUCGUCAAGCAGAACGUGAUUUAGAAUCGUUCAGUAUUGCGAAAUCAAGUUCAUCAAGCUCAAAGAAUUCAUCAAAUCCUCAGUCUGUUGCAGAUCAGUCACUGAAAGCAAAGAAAAGCAGCUCGCCCGAUAAAGUUAACGUCGAGCUUCCAGUUUACUCGAGUGAUUGUAACAAGACUCACAAGAAGUUUACGACCGUGAGCACUUCAAAGGAAAUUUCGACGUGGAGCACACCGUUAGUCCUUGGGGAAAAGACAAUACCACUGGGUACAUUUGAUGGAAAGAAAGAAAGUUGGCUUCGAUUCUUUCAGACGUUCAAGGCCGUGGUUGAUAAACAACCCUAUGACCCUAUUGUAAAGUUCGCAAUUUUGGAAAAACAUUUAACGGGUCCUGCGAAGGACUGCAUUAGAGGAUUUCCGUUUACUGAGAACUCUUAUCCAUUGGCAUUGAAGGCCUUGCAAGAUCGGUUCGGUGAUGAAGAAGACCAAGCAAGUUUUUAUCUUGUUCUAAUCAGAAGGUCUCACGAAGAGGUGAAGCAUUUUGGAGUAAACACAGUACUCUGUAACCUGAGGCAGCGGUAUUGGCCAAUAAGAGGAAGGGAACAAGUGAAGAAGAUCUUAUCGAGCUGUGUCUUAUGCAAGAAAUGGCGUGGUAAUCCUGGUGUUCAAUUCAUGGCUGAUCUUCCUGCAUCGAGAGUUGAAUUCCCAAACCCACCAUUUACCUUGACGGGCGUUGAUUAUUUAUUUUGGGCCUAUAACCACCAAAGCUGGCUUUAG